AUGGCGCUCAACCGCAAAUACGCGGCGCUGCCAGAUCUCGACUCUGCGCCAGACAUCUACGAGACCCCAGAGCUCACAGACGACAACUCGACGGUUCCGACGACCGCGGCUCGGACCCAUUCCGACGAUGAGUUCUAUGGAGAAGACGACGAGUCACAAAACAUCUCGCGGUCGAGGUUGCGCAUUGACGAAGCACGCUCUCGCUUCUCUCCAGCCACCAUCGACAUCAGCGGAGCCGACUUUUCAGAUCGCGUGGACGGCAAGCGACGAUCGUACAAGGCCUCCAGUCGCCGCCAACGGAUACUGCAGGAUGGGACAGAAGAGCUGGGAGAUCUUUCGGACGAUGACGAUGUGGAGAGCCUGGAACGCAAGAUUGCUCGUCUGAAGCGAGAGGUAGAAGAGACCAAGGACGAAUACGCCAAGCGAAAGGGAGCUGCGGCCGGCGAGGCUGAUGGUUCUCCGGACGACACGAGGCUGGAGUCGCUAAGCCAGACGCUGGACGAUCUCUCUAGGCGCUCUGGCAUCACGAGCAUUCAAAAGAUUGAGCCGACAGGCUCUGGCGCAAACGAGCCAGUCACGGAACCACUCGAAGCCGGGCCUACGUACACCAUCACCUACGCGCCGACGUACGAGCAGACGCAUGCUCUCGCCAAGGCGGCGGAUUUCGAUCGCAGGCUGCUGAUCUUGGAGAGAAGCCUCGGCAUCAGCUCCUCGUCCAUAACAGAGGCCGGCGAGGGCGGGCUUCCUCGGGCAAUCCUUCCCACUCUCGACUCGUUGGAAAAGCAGAUCUCGACGCUGUCGCAGGCCUCGACUGCCAACCUGGACACCAUCAGUCGCCGAGUCCGCGCACUAGCUACCGAGCAGGACAAGCUAAACGAGUCGCGCGAGAAGGCAAAGGCUCUGCGGGAGGAGCUUGGCAAGCACGCCGGAUCGCCGCCGACGGACACGUCUGAGCAGGAGGCCAAGAUCAACGCCCUGUAUGCGAUCCUGCCGGCCAUUGAGAACCUCACGCCCAUACUGCCCCCUCUUCUCGACCGCUUGCGAUCGCUCCGGGCGAUUCACGCCGAUGCCGCAACAGCAAGCCAGACAUUAGACCAGAUCGAGAAGCAGCAGGCAGAGAUUACAGCAGAAGUCAAGCUGUGGAAGGAAGGCAUUGAGAAGCUUGAAGAGACUGUGAGCAACGGCGACAAGGUCAUGAAGACGAAUGUAGAGGUCAUGGAAGGCUGGGUCAAGGACCUGGAGCAGCGACUAGAGAAGUUGUCAUAG